CUCCCUGAAUCGCAAAUAUCGUCUGGAAAAAUGCCCCAGCGGCCAGGGCGCCUCUAGUGUGUCAGCCAGCCGACGCCACCCGUCUCGCCGCCAUUUUCGGGUGUCAGCACAAUUGCCCACGAUGCUGCAGAGCAGGAGCUUCGUCAAGAAGACAAAGAAGGGCAAAGUGCUCAAGGUUGUGAGGGAGCACUACCUGCGCGACGACAUCUACAGCGGCACCCCGCUGGAUCCGGAGUGCCCUCCGGAGGCCUACAAGCUGAGCGGGGACGCGCCUCACUAUCUGCUGGUGGACACAAAUGUGGUGCUGCACCAGAUGGACCUUCUGGAGCACCCCGCCGUCAGCGACGUGGUUGUGAGCAGCGUGGUGCUGGAAGAGGUCAAGGCGCGCAACGCUGCCGUGUACCAGCGCCUGCGCCAGCUCAUCGCCGCCCCCGACAAGCGCUUCUUCGUGUUUGCCAACGAGCACCACAGGGAGACUUACAUACAGCAGGAGCCGGGGGAGAGCCCCAACGACCGCAACGACCGCGCGCUGCGGGUGGCGGCGGCCUGGUACACCCGGCGCCUGCCUGCGCACACGGUCAUCCUGCUGACCGACGACGCCGACAACAGGCGCAAGGCGGCGGACGCGGGGGUGGAGGCGCUGGGCAGCGCGGCCUACGCGCGGCAGCGCGCCGCGGAGCAGCCCGAGCUGCAAGACCUGGUGGCGGCGGCGGCGGCGGCACGGGAUGGCGAGGAGGACGGCGCGGGGCAUGGGGCGGGGGCUGGGGUUGCGGGCAAGGGGGCUGCGCGGGCCGCCAAGCGGCAGCGGGUGUACGAGGAGCAUCGCCUCAUGAGCGACAUCGCGGCUGGCAUGAAGGCUGGGCGGUACCACCAGGGCAUGCUCAGGGUCAACCGCUUCAACUCAUUUGAGGGGUGGGUGGGCUCCGAGUCUGUGGGGCAGGACAUCCUCAUCUCGGGCCGCAUCGACAUGAACCGAGCCAUGGAGGGGGAUGUGGUGGCGGUGGAGCUGCUUCCCGAGGAGCAGUGGCGAGGCCCCUCCAACAAGCUUCCCUCGGGGGCAGCGGCCGCUGGGGACGCCAGCACGGCGGCAGAGGCGGAGGAGGUGGCAGAGGAGGCCCCCGAGGGGGCCCACAUAGCGCAGGCAAGCGCCAUGGUCGCAGCCCGAUGGCGGCCUGUGGCGGCUGCCUGCUGCAAGGUGGUGGGCAUCAUCAGGCGCAACUGGAGGACGAGAGGGUACUGCGGAUCACUGCAGCCGCCCAAGUCGGGCCCCAGCGGCAGCGCCAACCACACACACUCCCUGCUGUUCUGCCCCGUGGAGCGCCGCUUCCCCUACAUCCGCAUCCAGACACGCCAGGCGGCCACGCUGGCCGACAAGCGGCUGGUUGUGGCGAUCGACUGCUGGGAGGCCGACAGCCUGUACCCCUCGGGCCACUAUGUGCGCACCCUGGGCGCCAUUGGCGACAAGGAGACCGAGACGGAGGUGCUGCUGAUUGAGAACGACAUCAACACCAGCCCCUUCACCGCCGCCGUGCACGCCUGCGUGCCGCCGCUGCCCUGGGCCGUCUCGGAGGCGGAUCUGUCAGACCCCAGCAGGGCGGACCUGCGCCACCUGGCGGUGUGCAGCGUGGACCCGCCCGGCUGCAAGGACAUUGACGACGCGCUGCACGUGCGCCGCCUGCCCUCCGGCAGCUACGAGCUGGGAGUCCACAUCGCCGACGUCACCAACUUUGUGCACCCGGCCACCGCCAUGGAUGAGGAGGCCUCGGCCAGAGCCACAACCGUGUACCUGGUGCAGCGGCGCAUCGACAUGCUGCCCAAGCCGCUCACGGAGGACAUCUGCUCGCUGCGUGCUGACGUGGAACGGCUCGCCUUCUCCGUCAUCUGGGAGGUCACCCCCGAGGCUGAGGUUGUGUCCAGCCAGUUCACCAAGAGCGUGAUCCGCAGCCGCGCGGCGCUGACGUACGCAGAGGCGCAGUCGCGCAUCGACGAUGCACGCCUGACGGAUGAGCUGUCGAUCAACCUGCGCACCCUGAACCAGCUGGCAAAGAUCCUGCGCCAGAAGCGGGCAGACAGGGGCGCGCUGCAGCUGGCCAGCCCCGAGGUCAAGUUUGAGAUCGACACAGAGACGCACGACCCGCUGGAUGUGGGGAUGUACCAGGUGCGGGAGGCCAACCAGAUGGUGGAGGAGAUGAUGCUUCUGGCCAACUGCACUGUGGCCGAGUUCACGCUUCGCCACUUCCCGUCCUGCGCGCUGCUGCGGCGCCACCCCGUGCCGCCGCCCCGCCAGUUUGAGCCGCUGCUGCGGGCCGCGGCCGCUGCGGGCAUCAGCAUCGACCCAUCCACCUCCAAGGCACGCAGGCUGGGCGGCGCCGCCACGCCAGCCCGCUGCCCGCCUCCCGCCUCCGACCCUGCCCAGUCCCUGGACCGAGCUGUGCGAGCAGACGACCCAUACUUCAACAAGCUGAUCCGCAUCAUGGCCACGCGCUGCAUGACCACAGCGGUCUACCUGUCCAGCGGCGAGCUGUCGGCGCCCGAGUACCACCACUACGGCCUGGCAGCCCCGCUGUACACCCACUUCACCUCGCCCAUCCGCCGCUACGCCGACGUGAUUGUGCACCGCGUGCUGAUGGCGGCGCUGGGGCUGCGCCCGCUGCCCGAGAGCCUGCGGGACCGAGAGCUGAUGCACGGCGUGGUGGACAACCUGAAUGUGCGGCACAGGAACGCCCAGAUGGCGGGGCGCGCCUCUGUGGAGCUCCACACCCUCAUCUUCUUCCGCAGCCGCCAGGUGGUGGCGGACGCGCGCGUGAGGGCCAAUGGCCUCAUCGUGUUUGUCCCCAAGUAUGGAAUUGAGGGCCCGGUGUACCUGGAUGAUGACGACGACGCGGCGGCGGCGGCGGCGGACGGCGGCGGCGGCGAGGGCCCCGGCAGCACCGCCAGCGGCGCCCACAGCGCCGGCGGCAGGCCGGGCCAGGGCAGGAAGGGAGGGGCCGCGGCCGCGGCAGAUGGCAAGUAUGUGUAUGAUGAGGAGCAGCAGACGGUGCGCAGCAGGGACGGCGCCACGCGGUACACCGUGUUUGACAAGUGCGCGGUGCGCAUCUGCGUGGAGGAGGCGGCCGGCAACCGGCGCCAGCUGGUGCUGCGCCUGGUGCCGCGGAGCGAGCUGGCCGCCGCGGAGCAAAUGCACUGA